AUCCAAAAAAGGAGUGAUUUAUUUCAGUUUGGGGUCAAAUGUUAGAAGUGCAAAUGAAUCCGAACAAUUCGUAAAUAAUGUAAAGGCUGCCCUAGGUUCAUUAACUUAUAAUGUCAUCUGGAAAUGGGAAACAGACUCUAUGGAAAAUAAACCUGACAAUAUUCUUUUACAAAAAUGGCUACCACAACAAGAUUUAUUAGGCCAUCCUCAUAUUCGAGUGUUCGUAACACAAGGAGGAUUACAAUCUAUUGAAGAAUCAAUUACCAAUGGUGUACCCAUGGUGGUUUUACCUAUAAUUGCUGAUCAACCUUUCAAUGCCAAACGAAUGAAAAAUUUGGGAAUUGCUAAAGUUUUAGAAAUUGAAACAAUGACUAGGGACCAACUUCAAGAAGCUAUUAUUGAAGUAGCCCAAACCAAAAAGUAUAAAGAUAAUGUUUUGAAGUACCAAAAGUUAAUAUUAGAUCAACCUAAUACUGGUAUUGAGAAAGCAAUAUGGUGGAUUGAAUAUGUAUUAAGACACAACGGGGCAGCCCAUCUUAGAUAUUCAGCGGUGGAUACUCCUUUUUAUAAAUAUUAUCUUUUAGACGUAAUUAGUUUCUUUAUUGUUAUCGUUGUUAGCUUUUUGUUUAUUUUGGUGAAACUAUAUAAAAUUGUUAUUUACUUUUCAAAACACUUUAAAAAAAGUAAAAAAAUAGAUUAGUUCUAAGUUUAGUUCUAGUUUUA